AUGCAAAUGGACCCCCUCCUCCUGCUGCCCGACUACACCUCCCAAUCUGGCUUGGCUCUCUACAAUGGGAUCCCAUACAAGUACCCCACCACCAUCCUCCUUAUUCCUCCUGGGAAGUUGGAGAGCCUCCGGCCCUUGUGCUACAAAAAUGCUGACGUCUUCCUCCUCUGCUACAGCGUCGUCCGUCCCUGCUCUUUCCGUAACCUCACUACCAAAUGGCUUCCUGAGAUCCGUCAGCACUGUCCCAGCAUGCCCGUGGUCCUGGUAGGCACCCAGCUGGACCUGAGAGAAGAUGUUCAAGUACUGAUCCACCUGGCACAGAACCAGCAGCAGCCAGUGUCCACAGAGGAGGGCCAGCGGCUUGCCCAGGAGCUCGGGGCAGCGAGUUUUGCAGAGUGCUCAGCACUGACUCAGAAAAACCUGAAGGACACUUUUGAUUCGGCUAUCUUAGCUAGCAUCCAGUACACAGAGAGCAACAACAUCCAGCAGCAGAAGAGGCUAACGCUCAGGAAGAAGACCCCUGAUAAGAUCAAGAGCCUUUCAGAGACCUGGUGGAGGAAAAUCAACUGCCUGAUGGGAGAGCAGAGCUGUGAAUUCAAAUGAACACAGUUUGAUUACAAACCUGAGUGAUGUUGUCUUUUACAGAGCUGAUUACAGAUAAUGCCAGUAGAGUAGGCAUUAUCAACACAAAGAGCAACACAACACGUUCCUGAAAUAAUUCAAAUAGCAGUUAAAAACUCUCAAACUGACAGGAAAAUUCUGCUAGAAAAAUGUUAAUAGAUCCCCAACAAUUGAAUAAGUGCGUGUUAGAGUACAUAGAAAAUGAGCUGCACAGCCAGUGUAAAGAGUCUUUGUCAUUUCUGAGGUGUCUAGAGUAUAAAGACAGAUUUUUAGUAAACUGCAUUAUGUAGUAGAAAUGUACCUGUAGUCUUGAUGCAUGUUCAAUCAUCCAGCUAUGGAAAGAUGUUUUUGUGCUG